AUGGUUUUAGCUUCUUCAUCUCUAACCUCUAAAUCAUCCUUCUCCCCGCCUUCUGCUCCUUUCUCAUCUAUUAACUUCCAUGCUUUCAGCCAACAACAGAUUCACCCAGAGUAUCCUCAGCGUUACUUUCUUAAAAACUUCCCCCUGGCACCAACUUUUGCCGAGUUCCACACCUCAUACUCCCAACGCGACAUUGAAAAAUUUCUUUCCACACUCAAUGAAAACCUUCGACUCCCCAAAACAGGCAUGAUCAGCCGACCAACUUUUUUAAGCCCAACCACUAGACUCAAUUCACGCUCAACUUAUUAUAACUUUAAAGGGUUUUAUCGUAAAUGUAUGGAUGCAUAUGGAAGAGGCCUUCACUUCCUUUCGAAAUUACACUACCCUUAUCUCAUCGAACUCGUCGAAGCUUAUGACAUUGUUCCUAGACUCCUGGCACCUAAAGGAAUAACUCUUAUUCCAACCAACUUACGUAUUACUGUGGAGCUUUUCAUUUUUAUUAGAACAAACAUUGCCCGUGCAAUUGACGAAACGUCUAUCCCUAUGGUUCAUCGAUUUGUUCAAUCCGCAUCUCCAGCUGAUCUUCUCUAUCGUUUUGUACCCUUCUUUUUACCCCUUUUCAAAACUGAAUUCCCCCGAGAACCUGCCUUUUACAAUGCAUACUUGCGUGAACUUAAUCUUCUUAAUUACCUCCAACCAGAUUAUGUUGACCCUAUUGAUCCUGCAGUAUUAUCUUGCAGACAUUUAACAGGAAACAACUUAUUUUCCAUCACUAAUAACUUAAAAGAUCUAUUCAAAAGUUACAAUAAUGAUUUUUUCAAUCUUGAACCUUUACUUCUUUUGAUUGAUAGCUGGCUUCCUGAAAAAAUACCAAUUGAUCAUCACACUAUUUCUGAAUCUAAUAUUUUCUUUAAAAUUAAAAAUUCUACCACUAAGGCAUUUGAAUCACUACAACAAGGAACACUGGAGUUUGAGCAGUUGCUUUAUAUUCUUGAAACCUGGGUUCAACUAUUGGGAACAACUAAAAAAACAGGUUAUCAAAUUAACCCUACCUGUGCAUACUCAAAACUUCCCAUCGAUUCCAAAAAUCAAAACAACCCUUUUGGUCCUGAAAAAGACAUUUCAUUUGUCUCAAGAAAUCCCACUUUUAGCUUUUUUGCAGCUUCUAACUCAGACUCACAGUACUUAACACGAAUCCUUCCAAAAGUUUACAAACCUAAAUCUAAACGCAAACAACGGUCAUCGAAAAGAACCAAACAUCACGAGGAACAGCAAAAUAGACACCAUGAAGGUUCCCAAGAUGUCUAUCGUGAUCAUAACGACCAUGAUUACGACCAAAAUUAUCAAAAUUAUCAAAAUUAUCAAAAUUAUCAAAAUUAUCAAAAUGACAGAGAUUACAGUUCGGGAAAUGAAUAUUACAAUGAGGAUUAA